AUGGAUCUGUGGAGGAGACAGCAAGCAUGGUUCGACCGGAUGAUUCCCCUGCGAGGGAAAAGGCCGGUCUUCCUCGAGUUCCGCUCCUCGAAGGGCUUCAUAUUGUUUGCGGUAUGUUGGUCGGUCUUCACUGACGUCUUUCUCUACGGCAUCAUCGUUCCUGUUAUCCCCUUCGCGCUCCAGGAUCGAGUGCAUAUAUCUCAGAAGGACACUCAACACUGGGUCUCGGUGCUUCUCGCCGUCUAUGCAGCAGCACUGCUUGUUUUCGCUCCGCUUUUUGGAUGGGUGGCUGAUCGCACACCUUCUCGGAGAGCUCCUCUGCUUGGAGGCCUUAUCGUCCUUGCCGGAUCAACUCUCAUGUUAUGUUUGGGCAAGACGAUAGCGGUUCUCGUGGUCGGGCGGCUGUUGCAGGGGGCUUCCGCCUCGGUCGUCUGGACAGUGGCUCUGGCGCUCAUGGCCGACACGGUCAAAGAGGAAGAAGCCGGCCGCGCGAUUGGCUAUGUUAGCAUGGCUACCUCUUUGGGCGUCCUGGUAGCACCCUUGAUUGGCGGAGUGGUCUAUCAGAGGUCGGGCUACUAUGCUGUCUUUGGGGUGACGUUCGCAGUCAUUGGACUGGACAUUCUUCUGCGACUGAUCUUAAUUGAGAAGAAGCUCGCUGCAAGGUGGUUUGAGCCGGAGGCGCCACUCAAUCAGCCAUCCGCAGACACGCCAUCUCGAACCGAUAUUCCGCUUGAGGAUCGGCAGGAAUCGACAGUUGUGAAGGAAAAGAAUACACUUGCUGCAACGAUAGGGACUUCGCGCCCUCAGCAAAGGCGAAAGCUGCCGCCGAUCCUGAUCCUUUUGAAAUCACGUCGAAUCCUCGUGGCUGUUUGGGGUAACUUCGUCGGAGCAAUGACCUUUACCGCCAUCGACACAACUCUUCCCCUCUACGUCAAUCAGAUUUUUGGUUGGGACUCUCUGGGCGCCGGCCUGGUCUUCAUCGCACUUCUUGCGCCGAGCGCUGCAGGGCCAUUGAUCGGGUCUUGGACUGACAAGUAUGGACCGCGUUGGAUCGCCGCAUCUGGUCUUUUGCUCAGUAUACCCUUUUGGGUGUUGCUUCGACUCGUGGACCGAGACUCAGUGGGACAAGCUGUACUCCUCUGCGCCUUGUUGGUACUUCUUGGGGUCGCAACCGCCCUGUUACUGACCUCGCUAAUGGCAGAGUUCAGCAAGGUUUGCGAUGUGAAAGUGCGGCAAGACCCUGAUCUCUUCGCAGGCAAGUCGGCGUAUGGGCAGAGUUAUGGAAUCUUCAACGUGGCAUGGGCCGGUGGCAGCUUGGUGGGACCGCUGGUGUCGGGCGCAGUCAAGUCGGCUGCUGGGUGGAAGACCAUGACCUGGACAAUGGCGCUCUGGUGCGCUGUGGGCAUUCCUCCCACGAUCAUGUACUCGGGAGGAAUGAUCACGAAGAGAAAGAGGCACAAUAACCAUAACCACGACAACAUUGCCAACAACGGUGUAUAG